CUCCUCGCAAUUCCCUGUUAAAACUCUGCAGUUUUGUGUUCCAAGCCUUAAGUCUUUCUCCCAAAGCAUGACUCUGUCUCAAUCACCAUUAAAGAUCACUCUCUCUCUGCAUUUUUUAAUAAUACUUUUCUCUUCUUAGCUUUAGUUCGCGAAAGCAAGCAAAUAGAUUUUCAGAGUCGACUAAUCCAAUACCCAUUUCUUUAACCUUAGAAUCUUGACAUCACCUAGAGCUCCAAACUACUAAGUAUUCUCGAACCCAAGUGCCAUUUUAGCGACUUCUUUCAUUCAAGACUAAAUUUUUUUGAGAAAAUGCCUGCUUUAGAAAUGCCCCACAUCGAUUUGGAGCAGGGAAGCCACCGCCGUUCGGUGACAGGAAGUGAUGACACCUGCUUUUCCGAUGCAGAAGAUGGGUCUUGCUACUCUCAGUUUUAUUCUACCACUGGUGGCUCCUAUGACGAUUACACUUUCGCUUGUGUCUCUGAUCAUGAGAUUAUAGAAGGCGAGGUGCCGGAUUCUAGGAGGGUAUCGUCUGUGUCCGAUUGCUCUGUGGUGGUGGAGAUUGAGGGUAGGGUACCGGAGAUAAAGGUGCAUUUGGAUAAGGUGGAGAGAGAUUGUAGGAUAUGUCAUCUGGGUCUGGAGAGCAAUAGCCAUGAAUCUGGCAUUCCUAUUGAAUUAGGUUGUUCUUGUAAGAAUGAUUUGGCGGCUGCUCAUAAACAGUGUGCUGAAGCUUGGUUCCAGAUUAAAGGAAACAAGACCUGUGAGAUUUGUCAUUCCAUUGCUCGUAAUGUGGUUGGAGUAAAUGAAACUGAGACAAAAGAGCAAUCAAAUGAGACUAACAAUGCUACUGCAGUGGCUGCAGUCGCAGCAUCAGCAUCCCAUUUGGAAACUCCAAGCUUCUGGCGUGGCCAUCGCUUCCUGAAUUUUCUACUUGCUUGCGUGGUAUUCGCAUUUGUCAUAUCGUGGCUCUUUCACUUUAAGGUUCCAUCCUCCUCUUAAACUGUGAAACCUCUUGAGACUAAAUUAAGACCCAUCCCUCCCUGGAAGAGAACAUAUAUAUAUAUAUAUAUAUAUAUAUGAAGAAGAAGGGCAUCAACCAAAAGAAAGAACCGUUGCAGAAUGGCGAAGCUUGCAGAACGUUGAACAAAAUAGUUUAAGAACCUCAUGGGGUUCAUAGGUAGUCAUACAACCUUGUUUUCACUUUAUACACAGAAAGCUUGUCAAGUCUAUAAAUGCACUACCUGCCUUGAGAGUUUAUAGUUUCAAAAUGCUUGGAUGUUGGAUUGAUUUGAAUCUCGUACUCUGCGUUUCAUCCUUAAUGCUAAGCAUAUCCCCAAUCCACAAUCUGCUUUGUGAAGCAAUUAUGAAAAACUCUUGGCCUUAA